AUGUUAAGACUCUCCUCUACUACUUACCACAGUCCAAAUUCAAGAGAGACUCAUUGGGUUAAGAAAGAUUAUGAUAAAAUCUCCUUUGGAGUUAUAGCUGAGCCAAGUCCUUGGGUACAGAAAAUAAUCCUGGGGCUUGAUCCAGACACUAAAAAUGAUAUAGUCCAGUACCGUCAUUUGGAGAACAUAAUCCCUGCCAAAAAACCUUUUAAAGAGAUUUUAUAUGAAAAGAUUCAAAAAUUUGAUUAUUUAAAACUCGCCGUUCGCAAAAGAGUGAAGUAUUUAUUAAGCCAGAAUACUCCAGGCAGAAUCUUGCCGAGAAGAUUUAUUCAGAAGAGCAACAAGAAAUAUCAGAGGAGGAAUAAUACUAGCAAACAUCAGAGGCAUCUUUCCCCUCAGCCUCUAAAUCAUGACAUUCUUACACCACAAACUAAUUUUCAAAACUAUAACCCUAAAUAUGCUAGAUUAUCGAAGAAAUUCUGUUUGAGUCCAAAAACAAAAAUAUAACAGCAAGAAUAAACGAAACCCAAAGAAAUCUACAUCCCCAGCUUAAGAACACCAAAGAGCUUGAAAUCCCAAAGCGACUACAAAACUCCAAAUUCUACAAAAUGCUGAAGACCUUCCAUGAACAAAAUUUCUUAAAAUAACCAUUUCAAA